CAAUUAUUUUUUUACAGCUUACUUGGGUGUCUAUUUUUAAAAUAAAAAAGAUAAAAAAACGCUUCCUUUUCUCUAAAGUUUUGAAUACUCUUUUAUAUUCAUUGUUGCAUUUUCAAAUUUAAAUAAUUUUCACAUUCAAAUGACUUUAAUACCCAUCUUGGCCGCCUGCGCCAACGUCGCCAUGUCCGCCAGCCAGUUAUCUGUCAUCACAGCGCUUCGGCGAGCACAGAACACAAAAACCACUGUUCCAAUGCUCCAGUUCACGCUGUCGUUCCUCAGCUCGGUACUUUGGCUCAAAUAUGGUCUUAUCCAUCAAGACCAUACAAUCGCCAGCGUAAACUUUAUCGGAAUGUUCAUCUCCAUAUACAUCCUCUGGUGUUUCUGGUGCCUAUCCAUAAUACGCACCCACGUGGAGAACUGCUUUCUCUUUACAACACUGACCGGCGUCCUGACCGUUGGUUACAUUGACCAUUCGGAGAGCCCCGUGGCACUGGAGGUAUUCAGUACUGUCUGCUGCCUAAUGCCCUUGGCUGUGUUGGCUUCGCCACUUAGCCAGGUUGGUAAUGUUAUUAGGCUGAGGGACGCCUCUGUGCUGCUGCCUUCCUUGGCUAUACUGGCGUUUUUUAACAACGUUUUGUGGGCUACUUACGGGUAUUUGCACAAUAAUCCGUUUAUGCUGGUGCCGAAUAUUAUUGGCGCUGCGUUUUGCACCUUGCAGCUAGCACUGAUUGCCUAUUAUGGAAGGGCUGCGGCGCAGAUGCCUGCCGCCGCCGCCGCCACUGCAAUCACUAGUGGCGUUGCCAUGACCGAGAUAGUUCCAAGACCAGUUCAGGAUUAAGGGAAAUAAAAAUAAACAAUUCCAUAUCAUUUUUAUUUUUUACU